AUGGAGAUCUCGAAGCACGACACGGACGGCCCAGCAGUCAACCGCGGAAUCGACGCGGCCACGAUAUCCUUCUCCGAGGAGCCCGCGCUGGCAGCCUCCGGCGGCAGCCACCGAUUCGCCCUGCGCGUGACGUGCAGCGUCACGCGGUUCGUGGAGUUCCACAGGAGCGGGCAGGACCCGGUCGUGCUGCUGCGCAGGUGCACCGGGGUCGUCGCCCGCGGUUCCGCCACCACAUUCCCCGUCGACGACCUGUCGGCGCUACAGAGCGACACCGCCUGCCGAGGGGCCCUCCGCGGGAUGCUGGAGCAGCUGCCUCAGCUCCGGUCGCUCUGGCUCGCGGAGGACGAGUGGGACGCCGUCGUGCCCGCGGACAUCGUGCCGCAGAUCGUCCGCGUGGCGCGCGGCGACGACGCCAAGGACGGCUUCACUUUCUGCUUCGCGAUGAAGGUGCACCGGCGGAUCAUAUACGGCGAGCAGGCCCUGCUGAUGGCGUGCAAAGAGAGGGAGCUGGACCUGCGCGCCGCCAAGACGGACGACUGCGCAAUCUGCCUGAAUGGCCUGGAGGGAGAGCCCGCCGUGGAACUGCCAACCUGCGAGCACGCGUUCCACCGCCGGUGCAUUUCCACGUGGUUCUCCAAGGCGACGACGUGCCCCAUGUGCCGGGGCGACGUUAGGCUCCGUGGCUUGCUGAAGUUUCUGAACCUGUAG